AUGAAGUCUCGGCAGAAAGGAAAGAAGAAGGGCAGCUCAAAGGAACGGGUGUUUGGGUGUGACCUGCAGGAGCACCUGCAGCACUCAGGCCAGGAGGUGCCCCAGGUGCUAAGGAGCUGUGCAGAGUUUGUGGAGGAGUAUGGUGUGGUGGAUGGAAUCUACCGCCUCUCAGGGGUCUCCUCCAACAUCCAGAAGCUCCGGCAGGAGUUUGAGGCAGAGCGGAAGCCAGACCUGCGGCGGGAUGUUUACCUCCAGGACAUUCACUGCGUCUCCUCCCUGUGCAAAGCCUAUUUCAGAGAACUGCCAGAUCCCCUACUCACUUACCGACUCUAUGACAAGUUUGCUGAGGCUGUGGCUGUGCAACUGGAGCCUCAGCGCUUGGUCAAGAUCCUAGAGGUGCUUCGAGAUCUCCCUGUCCUGAACUACAGGACCCUGGAGUUCCUCAUGCGGCAUUUGGUGCACAUGGCCUCAUUCAGUGCCCAGACCAACAUGCAUGCCCGCAACCUGGCCAUCGUAUGGGCCCCUAACCUGCUGAGGUCUAAGGACAUAGAGGCCUCAGGCUUCAAUGGGACAGCGGCCUUCAUGGAAGUGCGUGUGCAGUCCAUCGUCGUCGAGUUCAUCCUCACGCAUGUGGACCAGCUCUUUGGAGGUGCUGCCCUCUCUGGUGGUGAGAUGGAGAGUGGAUGGCGAUCACUUCCAGGGGCCCGGGCAUCAGGCAGCCCUGAGGACCUUAUGCCCAGGCCCCUGCCUUACCACCUGCCUAGCAUCCUGCAGGCUGGCGAUGGGCCCCCACAGAUCCGGCCCUACCACACUAUCAUUGAGAUUGCAGAGCACAAGAGGAAGGGGUCUUUGAAGGUCAGGAAGUGGAGAUCUAUCUUCAAUCUGGGCCGCUCUGGCCAUGAGACAAAGCGUAAAUUUACACGGGGGGCUGAGGACAGGGAGGACAAAUCCAAUAAGGGGGUGCUGCGGCCAGCUAAGAGCAUGGACUCAUUGAGUGCUGCAGCUGGGGCCAGUGAUGAGCCAGAGGGGCUGAUGGGGCCCAGCAGUCCCCAGCCAAGCCCACUGCUGCCUGAAAGCUUGGAGAAUGAUUCUAUGGAGACAGCAGAGGGUGAACAGGAGCCUGAAGCAGAGACACUGGGAGGCACAAACUCUGAGCCAGGCACACCACGAGCUGGGCGGUCAGCCAUCCGGGCUGGGGGUAGCAGCCGAGCAGAGCGCUGUGCUGGUUUCCACAUCUCAGACCCCUACAAUGUCAACCUCCCACUGCACAUCACCUCUAUCCUCAACGUGCCCCCGAACAUCAUCUCUAACGUCUCCUUGGCCAGGCUCACCCGAGGACUUGAGUGCCCUGCUCUACAGCACCGGCCAAGCCCUGCCUCUGGCCCUGGCCCUGGCCCUGGCCUUGGCCCUGGCCCCCCAGAUGAGAAGUCGGAGGCAAGUCCAGCCCCAGGUCCCCUGGCUGACUCAGUCCCGCUGGACGUGGCUCCUGCCCUGGAGGACUCCCUGUCCCAGGAGGUGCAGGAUUCCUUCUCCUUCCUAGAGGACUCAAGCAGCUCAGAGCCUGAGUGGGUGGGGGUGGAAGAUGGGGAGGUGGCCAAGGCAGGAGCAGCAGGAGCAGCCUUCUCCCCUGGGGAGGACGACCCUGGGAUGGGCUACCUGGAGGAGCUCCUGGGAGUUGGGCCUCAGGUGGAGGAGUUCUCUGUGGAGCCGCCGCUGGAUGAUCUGUCUCUGGAUGAGGCGCAGUUCGUCCUGGCUCCCAGCUGCUGUUCCCUGGACUCUGCUGGCCCCAGGCCUGAAGUAGAGGAGGAAAGUGGGGAGGAAGUCUUCCUGAGUGCCUAUGAUGACCUAAGUCCCCUUCUGGGACCUAAACCCCCUACCUGGGAGGGUGCAGAGAGUCUGGAGCAAGGGGCAGCAGGAUGUGGAAGACAGGCUCCUGGACAGGCUGAGGAAGAGCAGGCAUGCCUGGACAAUGGGGAGGACAAGGAGGGUGAGCCUGGAAGCAGAUGGAACAUCAGGGAAGAGGCUGAGGGGAGUCCAGAGACUGAGGUGGAGGCUGGAAAGGCCAGUGAGGAAGGAGGGGAGGCUGGGGGAAGCCAAGAUAUGACGGUCAGUUUGAGAGAAGUGAGUGGGAAAGAGACAGAGGCCGAGGGAGAGAAGUCCAAAGAUCAGAAGGAGGCUGAAAGUAUGGAGGAGGCUGAGGAUGUGGAGGUACCAGGAGGAGAGCAGAAUGAAGACAAGGAGAAGCAAAGAGAUAUUGAGAGAAAAGAGGCUAAGCAAGGAGAGGAAGCCCAGCUAGAAGCUGAAAGGGACCCAGAGCAUGGGGCCCAGGAAUACCGAGUUGCUGAGGAGAGCUGGGAAGUUGUACACAAACAAGAAGCAGAGGGAGGCAGAGAGGAUGAAGUCAAAGAACAGAAGGGGAAUGGGGACCACGAGGCAAGAGAAGACCCAGAAGAUGGUGAAGACAGCAGAAGACCAGAAGCAGCAGCUGAAGGAAGAGCAGGGGAGGUCAGCAAGGAACAGAAGAGUGGGGAUGGAGAGGCUGAGGGAGACCAGAGGGCUGGAGGUGACCAUUCAGAAGAAAGCACCCUUUCUGAGAGGGCAGGCAUAGAGUCCCUGGAGGUUGACAGUGCCAAAGAGGGCAACACCCAAUCUUCUGAGAUGGAACAGGAAGCCCCACAUCCACCCCUGCCAGAAGAGAUGGAGGCUGAGGGGCAGCCCAGUCCAGAGGGCUGUGAUCUGUGCCCCUGUUCCCUUGGCUCAGCUGGUGGUGUGGGCAUGCGCCUGGCUUCCACUCUGGUUCAGGUCCAACAGGUCCGCUCUGUGCCUGUGGUGCCCCCCAAACCACAGUUUGCCAAGAUGCCCGGUGCAAUCUGUAGCAAGAUCCACGUGGCACCUGCAAACCCAUGCCCAAGGCCUGGCCGGCUUGAUGGGACUCCUGGGGAAAGGGCUUGGGGGUCCCGAGCUUCCCGAUCCUCUUGGAGGAAUGGGGGCAGUCUUUCCUUUGAUGCUGCUGUGGCCCUGGCCCGGGAUCGCCAGAGGACUGAGGCUCAGGCAAUUCGGAGGACCCAGACCUGUACUGGGGGUGGGGACUACAGCCUCAUCCCCAGAACCUCCCCCUGUAACAUGAUCCCUGCCUAUUGUCCCCGGCCCCUUAGCUGCCUGGAGCUACCAUCUGAAGGAACAGAGGGGUCUGGACCUCGGAGUCGGCUUAGUCUACCCCCCAGAGAACUCCAACCUCCUGACCCCCUUAUGUGCCCCCAGCGCAGAUCAUAUGCAUUUGAAACACAGGCUAACCCUGGGAAAGGUGAGAGACUGUGA